UGAUAUAAUAAAUGUUGACUGUGGCAAUAACAUUGAUGGAAUAUCCAUACUGGAGUAGCAAAAAUAUGUCAAAGCUUUGUACAAGCAAUCACAUUGUUGGCAUUUGAAAUGUUUAUUUUGGGACCAUUUAAAAUAAAAUGGCUUACAUAUGAGCUCACCUGCUCAACAUUUAUAUGUUAUUAUUUGUCGAUGUAUUUGCAAGUAAUUAUGUUAAUUCGCCUUUUUUUUAUUGAUUUCUAAGGGGUCUUGUGUCAACACGUUUGGCAACCGCUGACGUGGCCGCUUGGUGCGUUUCAUGGUCUUCUUGCCGCAUGGGAAAGCUGAGUGUUAUAUAGUGAUUCGACACAUUCCAAUAUAUAAACAUAUAUCAAGUAUUUCAAAGCUAUGUUAGUAAAAUGUUCAUAUUAUUUGAAAAGGGAUUAUAUUCAUUCGUAAGAAUUGUAAAAUGUUUAAUCGUCCAUAAUGCUCCCGUUAAUGGUAAUUUUUCGAACUUCCGAGGGGUCAUGAAUGCAUCCUUUCUCAAGCACAACCGGAUGAAAGAAAAGAUUUGUUCUAGAGAGAUCCAACUUUUAAAUCAGUUUUUCUGCACAGUUUCACAUUAUGGGCAUCCCCAAGAAGCUGAACUGUUAUUUUAAUGGAAGCCCUUAAAGAAAACUGCAAAAUGACCACAGAGGUGAAGCAGAGAAAGAAAAAGCAAAAUGAGGAUGUUUCUGCUAACUGCAAGCAAGAAGAGCCAAAAGUGAAGAACGAAGAUGGAAGCGGUCAUAAAACAUCAAGUUUGGACUUUAAAAGCAUCAUGUGCGUUUUGUCGCUCGGAGUCUGUACAGCACUAAGCUGGGUGGUGCUUCAGCAGAAUGAGAGGUUCUCCCAAAUGGAGGAGCAUUUCAGGCUUUUGCAUGGAAAGACGUCGAGUUUGACUCAAAUGGAGGAACAAGUGGCGACAAUGAACAAAAAACUCGCCGCCUCUGAGGCCGACCUCCAGGAGGCGCUCUCUGCUGACCCUAUGGCCACGGAACUCCGGCAGGACGUGUCCACGCUUCACGCCGCUGUCGUGGCCAUGCAAGCAGACGAGAGCUCGGCGUCCGGAGACCUCCAGGCGGUCAACGGCCGCUUCCUGAACGUGACGGAUACGUGGCAGGCCCGCCUCGCCGCCGCCGCCUCUGAGCUGGCCGCCCUCAAGGCCGAGGCCCGGGAGGCCCACACGGGGGCCACGGAGAAGGUGAAUGAGGCGGAGAGGAGGCUCAGGGCGCUGGCGGACAAGUUGGAGGAGCUGGAGGACAGCACCAGGAGGAACGCCCGGGCGUUGGAGCGUACUGAGGAGGACGACGCCAAGCACGCUCAGGACCAGCUGGACUGGAACACCGAGCAGAUCCACAAGCUGGAGGAGCACGUCAACAGGCUGGCCCACAAGGAGACGGAGCUUAGCUUGGAGCUGCAGGAGCACAUCCCGCGGGCGCAGGAGUGUGAGGAGCACCUGCCCCACGUGGAGGAGGCGCUGCGCUCCAUCCUCAAGCUGGGCGGCGAUCUGAGCGGGGCGGAGAAGCAUCUGGAGGAGGUGACGCUGCAGGUGUUUGGGGCUGAGGACAGCAUGCUGAAGACCCUCAACCAAGUCCUGGAGAUGAGGCGGGAGGUGGACGCCCUGCAGGCCCGCAGCAGCAUCCUCAAGAUGAAGAGUGAGCUCUCGGUGGUGCGGGAGGCGGUGCAUGAACUCACCAUGGUGCUGAGGGGGAGUCGGGUUACUGAUGGAGAGGAGGACGAUGAGGAGCAGGAGCCGGAUGAGGAGUGGGUUGAAGAUGAUGGCGUCACCCAAUGA